CUUCCUUCUUCCCGCUCUUUGGUUUGGGUCCUCCGCGGGGAGGAAUAAUUAACGGCUGAUUUUCUUUGCGAUCUAAAUGGCUUCCGGUGCGAUGUCCCGACGUUCCUUGGUCUCGCUGUCGGGAAAUUUUCUUCGCUGGCUGGAUAGUUCAGCAACGAAAAUGGGAGUUUAUCGUUCCCCGAUGAUCCCUCGAGUGGACGUUUUUUUCUUUUCAGUUACUGCAGUUGAUGUGAAGUUCCUUUACCCCGUUGGAUGUUAUCUUGCGGCCAAGAGGAGUACUCAUCAGGACAUACCUCUGUGGAUGACUUUGUUUGCAUCAGGAGCUUUCUUCUUUGGGAUAAGUGGUAGCCCGAUACUUUCAGAGAACAUAUCUUCAACUGAUAUGGGCAUUGAGAGUGAGAGUGCUACUGGAAAGGCAUAUGUUUCUGGAUUACGAAAAAUUGAAGACGACUCAGUAAUCUCAAACAUUCAUACAUCUAAAUGGAGGGUCUUCACAGACAACGCAAGGGAUCUCUACUUUAAAGGAAAACUAGAUGAAGCAGAAAAAUAUUUCUUGUUAGCAUUACAAGAGGCAAAAGAAGGUUUUGGCGAGAGUGAUGCACAUGUUGCGUCUGCAUGCAACAAUUUGGCAGAAUUCUAUAGAAUACGGAAGGCAUAUGAGAAAGCAGAACCACUCUACUUGGAAUCAGUUGGUAUUUUAGAGAGGUCAUUGGGCCCUGAAGAUGUACGUGUUGCUUUUGCUCUUCACAACCUUGGCAGCCUUUAUUUUCUUCAGCACAAACUUGAAAAAGCUCGAUUAUGCUAUGAGCGGGCUUUGAAGAUAAAGGGACGGGUUCUAGGUCUAGGAAAUGCAGACUAUGCCAAUACGUUGUUUCAUCUGGGGAAGGUUUUGCAUCUUCUUGGAGAUCUUAAAGAUUCUGAGGCUCUUAUCCAAGAUUCCAUCAGGAUAUUAGAGGAAGCAGGUCAAGGGGAGUCAAUAACUUGCUUACGAAGAAUGCAGCAUCUUGUUCAGAUGUUGUUGCAAUCUAGUCAAUUUAAAGAGGCAGAGAACGUCCAAAGAAAAAUCCUGCAUGUUCUGGAGCUAUUAAAGGGAUGGGACUCCUUGGAUGCUAUAGCUGCAAGAGAAAAUUUAGCUUUAAUACUUCAAUCUGGUGGGAGGUUAAAUGAGGCUGAGGAACUCUUUGAAAGGUGUCUGAAGAUCAGGAAGGAAUUACUCAGUCUGGAUCAUGCCCAGCUUGGCAAGGGUAGAUCAGCAGCAGAUGCUCAAAAGCAGUACCUCAGGUCUUUAAAAGGUCUCCGAAGUAUUCUUACGAGGCAGAAUACCCAGGAAUCAGAGGGCAAGUUGAGAAAAGUAGAAGAGGAAAUCAAGCGAGUAGAAAAUGAAAUUCAAAGCAGUGGGAGGAACAAAAAAUGAGUUACUGCUGUGCGCUGUACCCUUUCGUAUUAUUAUUUUUUUAUGCUGGCUUGAAUCACUCUUGUAAAAUCUGACUGAAUGGGCCGAUUUGUAUCAAGCCAGCGAUAAAUGGGUUUGAUUCAUCAGCCGGCAUAGGGGUGCACGUCUGGUACACUAUCCGUCUAUUAUAUAAAUAUAUAGACAGGCGCGCACACACAUAGAUCUGUCCUACCAGAUUAGAUCAGAGGACUGACAUCUGUUGUUUCGACCAUAGAAAAUUAUUUCUGACGAGACAUAUGAGUUAUCUGACAUAAUUUGAUUGAAUAAUAAAGUACUUGGUGCAUUAGCAUGUUCGUUUGUUAAA